CUCUUUUUAGCCGUUUGUGAACUGAGCCAUCGAACAGUCGCUGAUCAGCUGGCGGCGAUGAGCGACGCCGCGAAAUGCAUUCGCUGUGCCCCCAGCUCAAUUUGUAAGAGAUCCACUCCAAUCCCCGUUCUCCGCUGAGUGCCCACCAUAAAACCCCUCCGGAGAAGAGCCAAGUGCCAGCUGGUGCUGGUUAGCCGCUGCCUGGAACACACUCGCCAUGUAUCGCAAUAUACUCUGCCUGGCACUGGGCCUGAUCAUCGGCAUCCGGCUGACGGAUUUCUUCGAGUACUUCCAACUGACCGAAUCGCAGUUCGGAAGCACGGCGCUCACCGAACUCGAUGAUGAGGCCACGCCCCAACUGCCGACGGAGGAGGAGCUGGCGCGAUGGCUCUACAACGAGACAAGGGUGCUCUGCAUGGUGCUGACCAUGCCGAAGAAUCACCAAACCAGGGUCAGGAAAGUGAAGCACACUUGGGGCAAGCGCUGCAACAAGCUGAUUUUCAUCAGCAGCCAGGAGGAUCAUGAGCUGGGCGCCAUCGAUGUGGGCGUCCCGGAGGAUCGCAAUAAUCUGUAUUUAAAGAUGAGGAAGGCCCUGGAGUUUGUGUACAAAAACUACGCCGAGGAUUACGAUUGGUUCCUCAAGGCAGACGAUGACACCUUUGUGAUAAUGGAAAACCUGCGGUUCAUGCUUUACCCAUACGAUCCCGAGGCAGCGCUCUACUUUGGCCACCGAUUUCGCACCACCUUUCCGCAGGGCUAUAUGUCCGGAGGAGCUGGCUACGUGAUAAGUCGGGAUGCACUGCGUCGGCUCAACCUCUUUGCCUUUAACAAUACCCGUUUCUGUCCGAUUAACAACAUGUCAGAGGACAGACAGAUUGGCUUCUGUCUGCAGAACGUGGGCGUGGUGGCUGGCGAUUCCAGAGAUGAGGAAGGUCGGGAUCGAUUUUUGCCAAUGUCUCUUAAAAUUAUGCUGCCCAAUUUCCCCACCGAUAAUUGGAUACACAUGCUGACUUUCUAUGAGCCAGUUAAUGAAACUGGCUCAAGCUCGGGCAUUAGCUUCCAUUACGUAAAGAACCACGAGUUCGAAAUGUAUGAGUUCCUGCUGUAUCGACUUCGUGUUUUUGGAACUCCUUGGUCCCAGAGAUCGCUGCCACCCAGACUUGAGGUCAAGCAAAUGCAGAACCAGCUGAAUUACUGGUCACAGGAAAACAGCACGAAUCCUUAUCCUUGGCUAAGGCAGGAUUGAUAUUGAAAAGGAAAACCACCAAUUCGCGGAUGUUUUCUCUAAAGCAGUUUAGAUAUUUUAAGACACAUACCAGAAAUUGCCAUAGAUUUAGGGUUUUAUGAAAAGAGUAAAGAGUUGAAUUAUUAAUUAUUAUUAAAUUAAUUAAUCCCUUAAGGUUUAAUUUAAAAACGUUAUGUAAUAGCUUUUGUUCACUUAAGAUGUAGAUUUUUUAACAUUGAGUCUUUUUUUAUCUAGAUCUCAUUCUUUAUGCAUGCUAAACAUUUCUACAUCAAUUAAUAUAAAAUAUUAAAUUCACAAUUUUGUGUA